CUCUCUCUCUCUCUCUCUCUCUCGAGAAGCUUGCUUGAGUUUAACAGUGCUGUAUCUCAUUCAAAUCUUCAAAUUGUGGAACAUGUGUGCGGAGAAAAAAAAAGGGCAGAUGCAGAGGAUUAACUUUGCUGUAUAAGACAUUAUAAUUGUCGCCCAGCAUCCUUGAGCAAACAUUAGAACAUAUACGGUUUUUAGAAGUAUGGAUCGUCAAAGAAAAAUACAGCAGCUGUCGUCCAGUAAGAGUGAUCGUAAGAAGAUUAAGGAUCGAAAGAAGAAUCUAAUCAAGAAAGCCGAGGAGCUUUCAAUACUCUGUGGCGUAGAUGUAUGUUUGAUCCUCGACCAAUGUCAAAGCACUGUAGUAGAGACUUGGCCUCAAGAUCCUGAAGAAGUAAACCGCAUUAUCACUACGUACAAGGCAAACCCAGCAAUCAGAGAUGCUAGUAUUCCUUCAUCAGAGCCAAAGGGUUUGGAAGAAACUAAGGCUGGAAAGUCCCAUGGUGGUUGUCAGAAUGUUGUUGAUCCUGACAAGGAGAGGGGUACAAAGGCUGGAAAGUCCCAUGGUGGUUAUAAGAAUGUUGUUGAUUCUGACAAGGAGAGGGAGAAGUUGUACCCGACAUGGGAUGAUCGACUAGAUUACUAUUCUGAGGAAGAAUUGAUUAGACUGUUGGCUUCCUUGGAUGCAAGGCUACAAGCUUCAGCAAAUAGGAUUGAUAAUGAGCAGUAGCGGUUUUGUGACCCCGAAUAACAAAAAUAGAAAAAUUGGUGCACUGGAUCAUCAAUCAUCACAUGGUGAAUGUGAGCUUGAACUUGUUCCUUUUCGGUGAUAUUAAUGAUCGUGAUGAUAAACAGUACAUAGUAUUCGAGCCAUGUAAUUCAGGAGCUCUCCUAUGAAGCUGACUUGAUUCCAG